UUUCGGAACCAAGAACUCGGACUCAACCGCCCCUCCCACUAUCCCAGUCCAGGAUGUCUUCCCGUUGGAGAAUCCUCUUUUUCCUUUUCAUAGAAUUCCUUAAAUUCUUCAGCUCCAUCGCCAAACCAAUCACGCCGACACCAAAUUCACAACCCCAGUACCCAUGCAAACCUCCACACCACAGCCACUACUCCUUCUGCAACACCUCCCUCCCAAUCACCACCAGAGCUAAAUCCCUCGUCUCCCACCUCAGGCUCCCCGAAAAGAUCCGGCAGUUAACAGACAACACUACUGGCAUCCCCAGGCUUGGCAUACCCGCCUAUGAAUGGUGGUCUGAAUCACUCCAUGGUAUUGCCACCAAUGGCCCCGGAGUCUCUUUCACCGGAAAGAUUGCCGCAGCCACUAGCUUCCCCCAAGUCCUCGUCACAGCAGCUUCUUUCAAUAGAAGCCUAUGGUUCUUGAUUGGAUCGGCCAUCGCUGUUGAGGCCAGAGCAAUGUACAACGCUGGACAAGCUGGGUUGACCUUCUGGGCGCCGAAUAUCAAUAUUUUCAGGGACCCAAGAUGGGGGAGAGGCCAAGAGACACCGGGGGAAGACCCUAUGGUCGCUUCUGCUUAUGCUGUGGAGUUCGUGAGGGGCUUUCAGGGUGGGAAUCGGAAAGCUGGAGGAAAAAUUAGAAAUGGGUUUGGGGGGGAAAGAGUGUUGAGAGGGGAUGAUGGAAGUGAAGGACUAAUGGUAUCUGCUUGUUGCAAGCAUUUCACUGCUUAUGACUUGGAAAAGUGGCGGAAUUUCAGUAGAUAUAGCUUCAACGCUGUGGUCUCUGGGCAAGAUUUGGAGGACACUUAUCAGCCGCCAUUUCGUAGCUGCAUUCAACAAGGCAAAGCAAGCUGCUUAAUGUGUUCUUAUAAUGCAAUUAAUGGAGUUCCUGCGUGCGCGCGAGGGGAUCUCUUACAAAAAGCUCGUACUGAUUGGGGUUUCAACGGAUAUAUCACCUCAGACUGUGAUGCUGUGGCCACUGUUUAUGAGUAUCAGAAUUUCACAAAAACCCCCGAGGAUGCAGUUGCUGAUGUCCUUAAAGCAGGAAUGGAUAUUAAUUGUGGAACAUAUUUGCUUCGAAAUACACAUUCUGCAAUUCGCUGUGGGAAGGUCCAAGAACAAGACAUAGACAGAGCUCUUCACAAUCUUUUCUUGGUUCAGCUACGUCUUGGGCUAUUUGAUGGAGACCCCAGGAAAGGGAAAUUCGGAAAAUUGGGACCUAAAGAUGUCUGUACCUUGGAGCACAAGAAGCUGGCACUUGAAGCAGCGAGGCAGGGGAUUGUUCUUCUGAAAAAUAACAAAAAGUUUCUGCCUUUGGAUAAAAAUGUUGUGAGUUCUCUAGCUAUUAUAGGCCCAAAGGCAAACAAUGUCAGCCAACUAGGCGGUGGCUACACAGGUGUUCCUUGCAACCCAAAGAGCCUUUUUGAGAGAUUCCAAGCAUACAUAAAGAAGACAUCCUAUGCAGCUGGUUGCUUUAAUGUAUCUUGUGAUUAUGAUGAUGGAUUUGAUGAAGCAAUCCAUACUGUCAAAGAAGCUGAUUUUGUUAUUGUAGUUGCUGGGCUGGAUUUGUCCCAAGAAACCGAAGAUCAUGACCGGAAUAGUCUCCUCUUACCUGGUAAACAGAUGGCCCUCGUAUCCUCUGUGGCUGCUGCAAGCAAGAAGCCAGUAAUUCUUGUUCUUACUGGUGGUGGACCCCUUGAUGUAUCAUUUGCAGAGGAAGAUCCUCGAAUUGCAAGCAUUAUAUGGAUUGGUUACCCUGGUGAAGCUGGAGGAAAAGCACUUGCUCAAGUCAUAUUUGGAGACUAUAAUCCUGGUGGAAGAUUGCCCGUGACUUGGUAUCCUGAGGCAUUCACCAGCAUACCCAUGUAUGAUAUGAACAUGAGGGCCGAUCCUUCUCGUGGUUAUCCGGGAAGAACCUACAGGUUUUACAAUGGAAAUAGGGUCUAUGGAUUUGGACAAGGCUUAAGCUACACCAAUUUCACAUACAAGUUCUUAUCAGUGCCAAACAAAAUAAGCUUAUUGGGAGCAAUCAAGGCUGGUUCCAGCAAGAACAUACUGCACCAGGUGAGAGAUGGACUUGAUUUUAUUCAUGUUGAUGAGGUGGAAUCUUGCAAUACACUAAGUUUCUAUGCGCAUAUUUCUGUUAUCAACCUGGGUGAUAUGGAUGGAAGCCAUGUUGUGAUGUUGUUCUCUAGAGUGCCAAAAGUUUUUAAAGGCGCCCCAGAAAAACAGCUAAUUGGAUUCGAUCGUGUGCAUACCUCUUCAUUCAGAUCUACUAAAACAAGUAUCUUAGUAGAUCCUUGUCAACAUCUUAGCUUUGCAAAUGAGCAUGGAAAAAGGAUAUUGCCAUUGGGUAACCAUAUCCUAAUGCUAGGAGAUUUGGAACAUUUCAUUUCAAUUGAAAUUCAUUAAAGCCAUUUGUAAUUUGGAAUGGCACUUGUACACAAGCAUCAUAAUUUAUGUAUUGAAUCGUGAACAUUGCUUCAAAGAAAUUAGAAAAAAGGUCGUUUCAAUA